AUUCUCUCUUGCGGAAUGGGGACCAACGGUUUCCUCAAUGCGAUGCUCUUGCUCUUGGGCAUCGUGUUUCCGUGCAUGGUUGUGAAAUUCAUCUUGGGAGCCCCUUGCGUGAUGAUGUUGCUGACACGCAAAUGGACCAGAAUACACUUAGCGAUGGAUCAAAACGUUGAAGAAUUUUUGCAAUCUAACAAUAACUUCUUGCCGAUAAGGUACUCUUACUCGGACAUCAAGAAAAUCACCAUGGGUCUUAAGGACAAACUCGGCGAGGGAGGGUACGGUUCUGUGUUCAAAGGAAGACUUCGGAGCGGCCGUGAGGUGGCGGUGAAAAUUUUGAAGAAGGGGAAAGCAAAUGGGCAGGACUUCAUCAGCGAAGUGGCCACCAUCGGAAGAAUUUACCAUGUUAAUGUGGUUGGACUCAUUGGUUUUUGCUUCGAUGGCUCGAAACAAGCUCUUGUUUACGAUUUCAUGCACAAUGGGUCUUUGGAUAAGCACAUUUUUUCACGAGGACAAGGGACUACUCUUGAUUGCAAGGAAGUGUACAAGAUUGCUCUCGGAGUGGCUAGAGGGAUUGAGUAUCUUCAUCGAGGAUGCGACAUUCAAAUUCUACACUUUGAUAUUAAGCCUCACAACAUUCUUCUCGAUAGGGAUUUCAACACAAAAAUUUCUGACUUUGGGCUCGCAAGAUUGUAUCCCACGGACUACAACACCGUAUCUAUGACUGCCGCUAGAGGAACCUUGGGAUACAUGGCUCCGAAGCUAGUCUACAGGGACCUCGGAGGCGUCUCUUACAAAGCCGAUGUCUACAGUUUUGGCAAAUUGUUGAUGGAAAUGGCUAGUGGAAGGAAGAAUCUGGAUGCAGACGCAGAGCAUUCGAGCCAAAUCUACUUUCCUUUAUGGGUUCAUGACCAACUUAAUGAAGGAUUAGACAUCCCACUGGAACAAGUUAGCGAGGAGGAUAAUAGAAUAGUAAAGCAGAUGAUAAUAGUUGCUCUUUGGUGCAUUCAAUUGAAUCCUAGUGAACGCCCUUCAAUGCGCAAAGUCUUGGAAAUGCUGGAAGGAGAAGUAGAUGACCUACAAAUACCUCCCAAGCCACUCUUUUAUCCAGCUGAAGUGUCAACAAGGGAUGAUGGAACUUGGAUUGACAAAGGCAAUGAUACUAGAUCCACUUCAUCAACUAGUGCAAUAACUUAUGUAGAUUCUCAUGAACAUAUUAGUACUAUCAUUACACAACCAUAGACACAUAUCAAUACCAUUUGAUGCCAUGAUAUGUGUGGCAAAUAGGAACGGGUAGUAUUGAUAAUGCUUUAUGUGUAGCUUCCUUUUCCUAGCCAUUAUCAGAUUAUAUAUAUUUAUGACUAUGUUUAUGAAUCUUAACUAGAACUGUAUUCAUCUUUAGUAUUAUCAUAUUAAAGAUGUCAUUUAUUAUAA